AUGGCUAAGCAAGCCGUGUUGGUCGGAAUCAACUAUCCAGGAACCGCCGAGGAGUUACGCGGCUGUGUCAACGACGUCCUUCGGAUGCGUAAAUGCCUAAUCGACCGUUUCGGAUUCUCAAGCCAAGGCAUCAAACUACUGAUCGACACUGACAAAUCCUACGUCCAACCGACCGGAAAAAACAUCCGCGAGGCUCUGAAAACACUCAUCAGUGAAGGAAAAUCCGGUGAUGUUCUGGUAUUCUAUUACUGUGGACACGGCACGAGAAUCCCAUCCGCAGAUGACACAAAAGACGCGACAAAGUUUGACGAGUGCAUCACUCCUUGUGAUAUGAAUCUGAUAACAGAUAAUGAUUUUAGAGACAUGUUGUCAGAGGUCAAAACAGGAUGCCGAUUGACGAUAAUAUCGGACUCUUGUCAUAGUGGUGGACUCAUCGAGGCAGUAAAGGAACAGAUCGGGGAUAGCCACGUGAAUCCGCCGAAAUCAGGGAUUGCUAAUUUCUUUAGUAGCAUUGUGAUGCGUUUGCUUGGGGCUUGUGGAAUGUCGAGUUCUCGUAUAGAACGUGGAAGCGGCCAAGAAAGCUUUACUAAAAAGAUCGAAUUAGAGGACGGUGAGAUAAUCGAAGCGAAAAAAAGAUAUCUACCUCUCGAUAGCUACGUGACUCUUCUCGCGGAGCAAACCGGACAAACCAAUAUCAAAUAUCGGGAUAUCAGACCGACACUUGUGAAGUUCUUUGGCGAAGACUCAAGCCCGAGUAUGACUCUUGCCAAUUCAACGAAAAGAAAUGGUCACAGAGGAUUGGUUAGUAUGCUCAGAAGCAUAGGCGAAGUUAAUUCAGAUGGAGCAGGCACUGGAGCCCAAAGUUUGUAUAUGGACAAGGCGGUUAUGUUAAGUGGAUGUCAAACAGAUGAAAAAUCGGAGGAUGUUUAUGUGACAAGAACUAGAAAAGCUUAUGGAGCAUUCAGUGACACGAUUCAGAAGAUAUUGUCGGAGAGGAGAAAGGACAAGAAGAUAUCGAACAAAAAGAUAGUUUUGAAAGCUAGAGAUAUUCUCAAGAGACAAGGAUAUAGUCAAGAACCAGGUUUGUAUUGUCAUGACCGUUAUGUUAAUGAACCAUUUAUAUGCUAA